AUGAACCAAAAAUUUAAGCAAUUAUCCUUGAAGAUUAAAAAUUGGGCCAACAACACAUUUGAUGUCAAAGCGCUUCGUACGAGUUUUCAUUACUGGGCAUUAUUAGGAGUCUCAAUUCCUCUAUACAAAUUUUUGAAAAAAUGUUUUUUUUAAUUAAAAUUAUUAAUUUUUUACAUAAAAUUAUAAAGAAAGAGUUAAUAUUCGUAUUUUACCAAAUGGAAGCACAAAUGUCUGCUUUCAAGAGACACACAACUUCGUCAAUGACUGAGCGUGAAUAUGAGCAGGAGCAAGCUUAUAAAACUUUAAUGACUCAAAUAAAAGCUUAUGAUGGCCAAGGAGUCCCACUCGAAAAGCUGUCUGAAGAAGAAUUUACCUAUAAAUAUGAUAUUGCAGAUAAGGAUAAUUAA